AUGUGUGCUCAGAUGUUGCUCGACCGCUACACCGCCCCGCCCACCCAGCGCUGCAACAAUGGCUACCUCCCCAUCCACGUGGCCGCCCGCAACUCGUCCGUGGGCGUGGUGAGGCAUCUGAUCAAGUGGGCGGAGGAGAGGGCGUGUGAGAGGGAGAUGAUGUCGAUCCCCGAUCUGGACGGGAAUAUACCCCUCCACCAGGCUGUUCAGGGGAGGGCGAUAAAGGUGGUAGAGCAAUUCCUGAAGGUGGGCGCGAUAAUCUCGACCCAGCAACUCGACCUGUCAACGCCCGUCCAUCUCGCGUGUUCCCAGGGCGCCCUCGACGUCGUGAAGCUGAUGUUCAGUCUACAGCCGCAGGAGACGGCGAGGGUUCUUGUGACCACGGAUGCCCGAGGAAUGACCCCGCUUCACUGCGCCGCCAUGUUCAACCAUUAUGAACUCGUUGCUUUUAUUCUUGAACAGGGCGCCUCCAUCGACGCCACCGACAGAAAGGGAAGGUCGCCGCUCCUGCUGGCGGCUGCCCACGGCGGCUGGCUCACCAUUGACGUGCUGCUCUCCCAUGGCGCCGACGUGACCCUGCGUGACAUGAACGGCCGGAACCUAGUCCAUGUGGUUGUCAUGAAUGGGGAGAGUGUGUGCAAACUGCUAGCUCUUGUGCAGGAUAAGGAUAAGGUGUACAAAGUAACACAAUAUAGUAGACCUAAAAGGAACGAGGUGAGAAUGACCGGGUACAGAAAAAGGGCAGGUCACACUCGAGUGGUUCAGCUCCUCCUCAGCAAAGGGGCGCUCCUCCACCGCGACCACCAAGGGCGAACUCCACUCCACCUGGCGGCCGAAGGGGGCCACUCGAGGACCAUCACGGCGAUCCUGGCCAUCCACGGCCACACGCUCAACCAGAGGGAUAAGGAUGGGAACACCGCCCUCCACCUCGCCGUCCGCGCCAAUAUGCCCGAGGUCGUGACUCACCUUCUGAACCUGGACUGUACGCUCGUCGAGAACAACAUGUCCUACAAACCUAUCGACUGCGCCAUCACCUUCAAAAUACACGAGGCUGCCCUGGCGAUGGUGACGCAUCCGAGAGGGCCGAUCGAGGUUUUGCAACAGCCCAGCAAGAUCCACGGCCUCGUGUGUCUGGCGAUCAUCCGGAAUUUGCCGAAGGUGUUCGAGGUGGUCCUCACGCAGGCCAUCGUCAAGUCGGACAUCAAGGAGAACUCGAAGGAAUUUUACAUUCGCUACAGGUUCUACCCGUUGCAACUGAACCGUGAUCACCUAGAGCUGGAACGCUUGCAACAGAAUGAUCCCAAGUGGCUGCCGAACCCGCUGAUGGCUUGCAAUGUGAGUAAGCAAUCUUGCAAUUAA